GAAUCUAAGUGAGCUCUGAAGAACAGUAUUACGGAGGUUCAUACGAGCUUACUCCGAUCUCGCUUACCAGACAAACAGACUACGCGUACGCGGUCGUUCAAUUAAAAACAUUUAUUUUUAAUUGGAUGUUUAUCAACUCUUCGCUUCCUUUUUUAAUUUAUCUUCUUUGACAGAUUUAUUUAUUUAUCCUAGUUAAACUCUUAUUAAAUUGCAACAACAAUGGAUUUAUUUUUAUUGCUGUUAUUCAAUAAAUUUUAAAUUCAAUAAUUACUAUCACGCGGGUAAAUAUUGCUGUCAAAGGUGUAAACACCACGGAGUUUGAAGAAGACUCUGAAGAAGAAGAAGUGGAGGAAAGUGUUAAAAGCUUCUUUUGGUUAUUAAUUUAUUCCAUCGUAAAGUGAAAGUAUUGGUGUGUGUAAUUAUUGUGAAAUGUUUUUUGAACAAGCUUGGAUGGAUAACAAUAUUUAUACUUGUAAUAUUAAUAUUAAUGAUAAUAAGAGAAAAAGUAAUCUCUCGUCAUGUUCGUUGUGGUUAGCAGUUAUUGUUUUAACGGUGACAAUAAGUGAGCAUGUGGUACCAGUUGAGUCCUCGCGAAUCAGCGGACUGUACGUGGAUAACGGACAGGACCAAACGGUGGUUCACAGGGUGCUGACCAAAAGGGAAAAACGGGACGUCGAGCACGAAAUAUUGAACUUGCUUGGGCUCCCGGACAGACCUCGCAGUGUUAUCGGUAAAGUACCGCAGGUGAAGAGGUCAGCGCCCAAGUUUCUGCUGGAUAUUUAUAAAAAUGCGCUUGGUGAAGACGAGGAUGGGAAACCGGUCGCAACGAGGCUACAUAAAACCGACGGGGAGUUCGACCUCACUGGCCAGGAUCUCAGGGCCAUCGACCAGAGCGAUGUCAUCAUGACAUUCGCUGCGCACAAUCAUCACGUUCCUGGUGUGCGGCACGAGCGUGGCAAAAGGUUGUGGUUCGACGUGUCUGAGGUGCCUCCCGGAGAGCACAUAAUAGGCGCCGAGCUACGACUCUAUCGCACAAUGGAUAUUAAACAUCGGAGAAAUCGCGGUUCACUUAUGGUCACGGUGUAUCGCGUUAUACGCGCUGAUGAAGGGAAGAAAGAAUUACAAUAUGUUGAUUCAGUCAACACGACUACUGGAAAGGAAGGUUGGUUAACGUUAAAUGUUAGCGCGCCACUUCAACACUGGGUAAAUAAUCCUGAAGGAAAUCGUGGACUUUAUCUUUCCGUUCAUCCGGCAGAUCGGUCUGUGCAUGAAAUGAGGCCGGAAGACGUUGGCAUCGUUGGAUUUCGCGGCGAUGUCGACAAGCAACCGUUCAUGGUUGGAUUCUUCAAAAGCUCGGGGAUACGUGAGAAAAAAGUUCGGCAAAAACGUGACGCAAGAAGACGAAGGAAAAGUGAUGCUUCACCACUUGAUUACCGCAAUCCGUAUACGGAUCCGACUAUUUAUAACAGUCGUACAUGCAGAAUUCAAACGCUGUAUGUUAGUUUCCGAGAUCUGCAAUGGCAGGAUUGGAUUAUAGCUCCGGAUGGAUACGACGCUUAUUAUUGUAGCGGAGAUUGUAAUUUCCCAUUAAACGCUCAUAUGAAUGCUACGAAUCAUGCGAUAGUGCAGACUCUCGUCCAUUUAGUCAGCCCAGGAAAGGUCCCUAAACCUUGCUGCGCGCCAACUAAACUUUCACCGAUUUCAGUUCUUUAUUUCGUCGAUGAGAGUAACGUCAUACUUAAAAAAUAUAAAAAUAUGGUCGUGAAAAGCUGUGGAUGCCAUUAGAUUUUAUCUCUUGUUUAAUAAAAAUUUAAAAAAAUGAAAAUUGAA